CAACAAGAGGUAUUCUUUAGUUACAAAAUAAUGGCAGGACAGUGAAGAAAAUAUGAAAAAAAGAGAUGCUGACUCUCUCUCUUUCACUGGCUUAAACCACCUGUUGAAUGGAAGGCUGGCAAACUUCUGUGUACUCUUACCCUCCAUGUCAAACACCUCCUAAAGUCCAUAUCUUUCCAGAGAAUCAUCAGAAAAAUAUAUGUAAUUCGCUUUUAACAUUCAAAAAAAUUGCUAUGCAGCAAGAAGCACAGAACUACAGUUAAGAGCGCCAUGAAAGGGCAGUAUGCUUUGAUCUUAAGCAUAUCAACUCUUCAGCCUCACAAUGAUUCCCAGCUAGAGAAAUGGGUAAAAAUUGCUAUUUUGUCAUUGCUGAUUAUAAGCACUUGAUUCACGUUUGGUUCAGGUCUUCUCUAAUAGAAAAAAAAAAUUGAGAACCAGACAAUCUCUUUGAGCUAAUGGAAGAGGAAGGCAACAUGCAUAAAAAAUAUAGAGUCAGAAACUGAUGGAAAAAUUCUGCCUGAAAAAUUCUUCAGCCUCACAAUUAAUACCCUUAGUUUUUUUUCCCAUCUAUAGGAUCUUGUAGUUUUGUUUCCCAUCCAUGGGAUCUUGUGCACAAAAACUAACAGGGGAGCCUGCCUUGGCACACAAAAAGAAGAAAGACAGCCUUUUCAUCUUGGAAAUUUUUUGCAUGAUGCUGGUUCAUGAACGGAAACACAUCUUGAAUCAUACUGUGCCAAGAACAGUGCUUGAUCAACUAAGCUUCUCUCUUUCUCCCAUGUUUUUGUACGGAAGUUGCACCUAAACUCUAGUCUUAAAGUAUUUAGUACUAUAUCAGGACUAACAAUUUCCUAUCUCAUCAUGUCCCGGAAGUACACUGCGUAUUAGUAAUCUCUCAUAAAGAAGUAAGAUUUAGCGAAUUCGGGAUAAUACGGAAGUAACUGAAAUGUUGGCUUGGGAUAGGGGAUUGAGAAGAUCAUAUCUGCAAAAUCCACCUUCAUCAAUCCUUAAAAGUAGCCAACCACUAUAGGAGGACGAGAAUUUCCUUUCAUUAUAAUAAGUCAUGAGCAAGUUUAUUUGAUAAAAUUCUGUUGCUUUGUAUCUUUUGUUUGAAAAGAACUUUGAAGUCAAGAUUAGUGGUGAAGAUUGGUUGCUGCUACAAUUUUUUUUUUCUUGACAACUGAUCUCCAUGAGACAAACAUUAUGGCAAGAAAGGAGUUCGAAAGAAUUCAUGCUCGGUUGCUUGAAGAUAACUCCAGUAUCUCUUAGAGGAGAUCACACCAUAAUCUUGAUGUUUGUGUAGGGGUCGUGGUAAAUGUGAUGGCUAUUGGGUUUGGCAGAGAAAGAAAGUUUAGAAUUCCAAGCUCUUUUUUGGCUUGCCUUUGCAGCAGGACAUUCUGAUAUCAAUAUUCGCAAGGAACUCAAACUUUUAAACUUUGACAUGUCAAUAUAUUUGAUUUUAGAUUCUAUGGUCAACAGAUUAUCAUUUAUAUAAAUUUGUUCUCCUAAGUAUAUAAUAUUAAGUUGAUAUGAAGAUAUAUUUUUAAAGUUUUCUUUUUAAAGAUGUUAACCAUAAAACACCCGGUAUCAUUUGUGAAUAUAUAUCCCAGAAAGAAGAACCUCAGUUCCUAAGCUAAAACCCUCACAACAGCCACUCGCGCACAAACGAGACAGAGAGUGAAAGAUGUUUCAAAGCAGAGUGUUCGCAUCAAUCUUGAAGAUAGACAGAGGAGGAGGACGAUGAUCUAUCAUCAACAACUCAAUCACUAAUCUCAAAGGAACAAAAACAACACCUUUCAAUCACUCGAGGGACAUUCAUCAACAACAAAACCCAUCAUCAAGAUCCUUCCUUUACGGCUUUAAAUCACUCCCCAGGGGUUAUAACUAUCAGUUUGUGCCAUCAUCAAUGAGGAAAAUGUCAACUGUAGCUGCUUCUGUUGGGAGUGAAAGUAAAGAGGGUCUUAGGUUGCUUGUGAAGGGAGGACCUAAAGCUCAAAAAUUUGUGGGUAUAUGGCUAUUCGGCUCUGCUGCUUGGGUUUUUAGUAUGGUGAUUCCUGGUGAUGCUACAAGGUUAACAAGGUCUGGUCUUUCAUGACUGAUUGGAAAUUUACUGGUGGCCUUCCUCCUUUAUCAGAUGAAGACUGAUUGAUUGAGUUUGAGAAGUAUAAGCAAUCACCUGAGUAUAAAAUGGAUGAGUGUUGAUGAUUUCAAGUUUAUUUAUUGGAUGGGAUUUGCGCACCGCAUGCGGGGAAGGGGAUUGGGGAUCAUGUUUGCUUUGCCAUUUUCGUAUUUUCUGAGAAAAGGGUAUAUAACAGUGAGACUUGGAGCUAAACUUUGUGGUCCUUUUGCUCUUGGUGCUGGGCAAGGUUUAAUUGGUUGGUGGAUGGUUAAGAGUGGUUUAGAGGAGCCAGCAUCUGAAUAUGCUCAGCCAAGAGUAAGCCCUUAUCUUUUUGCUGCUCACCUUACUUCGGCAUUUGUUAUCUAUAGUGGGCUUUUCUGGACUGCUCUUUCUGUUGUAAUGCCUGAACCUCCUACUGAAUCUUUAGCUUGGGUUCGUGGGGCGGAAAAAGUCAAGAAGCUUGCCCUUCCUGUAAGCCUUAUUGUUGGGAUUACUGCCAUCUCAGGAGCAUUUGUUGCCGGAAAUGAUGCUGGGCAUGCAUUUAACACUUUUCCAAAGAUGGGUGAUACAUGGAUUCCUGAUGAUAUAUUUGAUCUGAAGCCAGUAAUUCACAACUUUUUUGAAAACACAUCGGCAGUGCAGAGCUCUGCCUCCACCUCUGGGUUCCCUCUCAGGUAUCGUUACUGUAUGCUUCUCUUAACAUUACGAGACAUGCAUAUUUAUAGACUGAGAGAGUUCAGCACAUGAAUUCUCCGUAUUCACCGACUGAAAAUCCAGUCUUGGUUAACAUUAUUUCUCACAAUUUUGACUUGCAAUUUGUGAUUGCUUACAUAAAAUAAUGAAACACGUUAACACCCCUCUCGGCUCAUCCUCUUUAGCUUUGCGAGGCGAGACUUUCCCUCUACACAACUGAUGUGGGGCAACCUUAAUGCAUGAGUUGCUGUGCUUCAAAGUUAUGUCUGGUUACUGCCAUCUUGUCUAUUAUUUUUGUUUUAAAUUGAUAAAUAAGAUUAUUUGUAUUCUAUGUGUUUGUCUUCUAGCAAUAAUUCUUUAUGGUAUUACCUUGAUUUGAUUUGAACACUUUGGGCCUUUGCCAGUGGAAGGAUUAAUCAGCUUGCAAGCCAUUCCCUUUUUUCCAAGAAGACUCUUCUUUUGGUACUCGGCGAAGGAAAUUUUUAUAACAGUGGAUCACCUACGUUUCCCUGUACACUGACUUUUGGCAA